AUGUUCUCCAAAAUCGUGAUCGCGUGUGCUCUAGUAGCGUUGUGCCAGGCUGGUUUUCUUCAUUAUCAUGAGGCUCCCAUCCACUAUUCGGCUCCCGAUCACUUCACCCCUUCCCAAAGUUACGAGGCGCCCGCGAUCCACGAUGAACCUGCCCAUGAAGACCACUAUGUCGAUGAAUAUGCCUACCCUAAAUACGGCUACUCAUACUCCGUUGAAGACCCUCAUACAGGUGACCACAAGUCCCAGCACGAAGAACGUGACGGUGAUGUUGUGAAGGGUGAAUACUCUUUUUUGCAGCCUGAUGGUUCUUUCCGCAAGGUCACUUAUACCGCGGACCACCACAGUGGUUUCAACGCUGUCGUGCACAACUCCCCGCCAGUAAUUCACAACCAUUAG